GUAGCCAGGCAAGUGGCGGGGGUUUGGAACAGCUAGAACCGUGCAAAAUGUCUCAGAGCUCAGGAAAGAUCGUGCUGUACGAAGGCAAGAGUUUCACAGGCCGCAAGUUGGAGGUCUGCAGCAGCUGCGACAACUUUCAGGAGCGCGGUCUUGUCAACCGUGUCAACUCCGUACGUGUGGAGAGCGGUGCCUUCGUGUGCUUCGACCACCCAGACUUUAAAGGCCAGCAGUACGUCCUGGAACGCGGCGAGUACCCUGAAUUCCAACGCUGGAGUGCCUACAAUGAUCACAUGGGCUCCUGUAGGCCAAUCAGAAUGCAUGGUGAGCACUACAGGCUGGAGUUGUUUGAAGGAGACAAUUUCAGCGGCCAGCAGGUAGAACUGAAUGAAGACUGUCCCUUGCUGCAAUCCAAAGGCCUUACAAAGAGCUGCAUCAAGUCCCUCAAGGUCUACGGAGAUGGAGCCUGGGUGUUGUACGAGGAGCCCAACUACCGUGGUCGCAUGUACGUGGUGGAACGAGGAAAUUAUGGCGGCCACACUGAGUGGCAGGCAGACAAUCCCAAGAUCCAGUCUGUUCGUAGGGUUGCCAACUACUUCUAAGAUGGCGCUCAGAAUCCCUUCACGAAAGUUUGGCAGGAAAGCAGUAAAGGCUGAAGACAUGUACGACAACUUGCCGCUUCACUUUUGUACCGCCUUAUUCAAAGCCACAA